AUGUGCACUGAGGACAGCUUCACCCGUGCUGGAUUUGGUGCCAGCACAAGUUUUGGCUCAAAAGGGUUUGGAUCCAAUUCCGGAUUCGGAGCCGGAGGAUUCGGAUCUGGAGGUUUUGGUGGAGAAGGAUCUAGCAGCGGAUUUGCAAGUGGUGGCUUUGGUGACGCAGGAUCAAGAGCGGAAAAUCCAGAAAACAAGGACUCAAACGAGAAACAAGAACUCGGUAGUGCUACUUUUGGUGGAGAGGCUCGCGCAGUUGAUGAUAGAGCUGAUGAGCAAAAGAACUCCGACGAUGACGGCUCGUGGUAA